AUGAUAUCGGGCCGCCACAGAUCUAGCAGCAACAGAUCCACGCCCGACGAAUCUCAUCGAUCGACGCCGGCGCAUCUUCGCGGUGCACAUCAGUUAGUGGUACCUGGCAACGGCAACGGCCGUCUCGUCCUGCACGACAUCCCCGCUACCAAUACCUUGACUGCCCACGCGACAUCUCUAUUGCGCCCUCAAGGGGCUUCCGACUCGCCCGAUCCCUCCAUUGCAUCCAUACCGCCGCCCUCCACCUCGCCGCGACCGCGCGCGCAUACUUAUGCUGACCCGAGCAUGAACCAAGGACGGGCCACGCCGUCUACGCCUGGAACUACAAUGCAACAGUCUCAAUGGGCAGCGCCUGGCGCUCGCCAUGUCUCCGAGUCGCAGCGCGCAGGACAGGGCUACAUCCCUCCGCCGCCACCACCACAGCAGCCGCAGCCUCAAGCCGGCAUGGCGUUUCCACCGCCGCCACCUAGAAUGCCCAUGAGCGCAACCCAGCAGCAUGCGCCCUUCGUCCCUCCACCUCCAGGCCAGCCGAACACCUACUGGAACCGUGCCCACCAGGCUGCCUAUCCCCCACCACCACCGCAAACCCAACCGCGAGAGCCACGAGCAUACGAUCCUAGUCUCUACUUCGAGUACGCGAAUCUGCCGCCCUUGAACGAUAAUGCUCCGUUGACGUCGGCAACGUACAUACCAGAUGGAGGGAGCUUUGGGCCGGGCGUGGGCAUACCUCCACUGCACACGCCCAGUGCUAUGCCCUCACGACCAGCGGCACAUUCCACGCACCAGAGCUACUACAGAGGACAGUCGCAGGACUUUACAUCCACGAACGAUGUCUGGCAGCAUUACGGGAACGAGCCUACGUUUAGACAGCAAGAUACGGGAGCAUGGUACAAUCACAACCAGAGUCACAACCACAGCAAUAUUCAGUUCCAGCAACAGCCUCCACUCCAAUCGCAAUCUGUGCCUCCACAGUUGAAUACUAUGCCACCGCCGACACCGACAGCCGGCAGGCAAAAGACAUUGAUUCUGCCUGCGAAAGAGACGGAACAACACACUUCGCCAGCAGAUGCGAGCAGGGGCGCCUUCAGCCAGCAUCUUGCUCAGAACAACGACUCUGCCUCGAAUCGCGAUCACUCGUCGUCGGGCGACACUCCAGCUUCGCCGCAUGAUCACAACUGGCCUGCAGAACGAGUUCAAAUCUGGUUGGCAGCCCAUGCAUUUUCGAAGGAGUGGCAGUCAGCUUUCCAGCAACUCAAUGUGCACGGGACACAAUUCCUUGAUAUAGGUGGGCGAGAUAGGAAUCGCAACAUUGGCUUUGUGCCGCAGACCCUUCUUCCGCAGGUAGCCAGAAUGUGCACUGCGAACGGCGUAGUAUGGGACCAAAACAGGGAGCGCGAAGAGGGACGAAGGCUGCGGAAGCUGGUUCGAGAUGUGGUCAAGAAUGGUGGUGCGGCGACACCUUCCACAGCAGCAACAAGCAGUACUACCAGUCUCCCGCUGCACAACACCACUCGACGUGACUCCAACCAGUGCACAAAGAGUGCAGGCACCGAUGCAGGUGGCAUGGAGAGCUCACCCAAUCUUACAAGAAAUGAUACCUUUGGCUCCACCCCCAACACUGCGGAUGGAGGAGACAACUCCCCGGGCAGUGGCCUUCCUAUACCUACGCAUACUAAGAAGGUACCAGGCAGCAGAUCCGUCACACUGGACUCUUUUACGAACUCGUUGAACGACACUGAAAGGGCCGAGUACUCACGUUCAGCCCUUCGCAAUCUGAACGAGAUGCGGAAGCAUGCCUCUCCUAGCGGCAGUACCGGCGAUCUCAGCGCAACGAACCAAAACUUCAGAGCAAGUCCACAGCAAAGUCCUGGACUCAUAAGCGCUCGACCAAGCUCGAAUGCUGGCCACACUCGUUUCCCAAGCGGCUCAAGUCACUAUCGUGGCCCGAGCUCAGACACCAAUAUUCAGCAACACUCAAACGCAAAUGCUGGCAGAUUCUAUGCCGGUCUUUCUUCGAACAGCGAGAAUGAUGUGACUAAGCAUGCUGGAGAAGAUUCUGUCAGCGACAGGAGAAAUGGCCAUGAUGGCUCGAGGCCUCCGCCCACGGACAGCAGCUUGCGAGGCAGCAGCCGAGAUACUCCCGCAAGUGCCAAAGAGCACAAAGGACUUUGGGAGAAAUUUAGACGGAAUCGCAAAAAGGACGACCACCCGUCGCCGGACGAAGAGCAUGGGCCUGUCAGUCCAAAUCUCAUGCGUCAUCCUUAUGGCGGCAAAGGUGGACCUGCUACAUCUGACAUCUCAUUGAACGAGCGUCCAGCGUUGAGGAAAGAACAGCACUUGAGUGUUGGCUCCAGCGACUAUGUUUCUGCACUACCGCGAGGUCGCCCACAGGCACGAGAGGGUGACAAGAAGUUCAUCUUUGUUACACCAGAUGGCUGGAACUACCGACUUAUCGAUAUCACAGAAGUCGAGACUGCGGAUCAGUUGAAGACGGUAAUAUGCUUCAACUUAGGCGUGCCUGAAACUCCAGAUCUGUCCAUACACAUCACCGCGCCUGGCAAGAUCGAACACGAGGAAGGUCUCACAGACGACAUGCUGAUGAAUGUCCGAUCAAAACUCGCUAGCCCCACUGGCGACCUCAAACUCUUCGUCCGCGUUCCUGGGGAUAUGCCGCAGCCACCAGAGAGUGCUGGGCUUGGGCUGUCGGUUCUUCCGACAUCACCAUUCUCCAAGGCAACAUUUGGCGUGAACGCAAUGGACGAAGCUACAAGGAGGCGACUGCAAGACCAGGAUACUGGAUCUCCGUCGACUAUCAGAUCUGAUGGCAGCACAUUGGUACCAGAAAAGGCCGCGCAACUGCUCAAUCUGCCAAAGGAUGGUGAUUCCAGACAGCCAGAAGUGCAAGCGAUUUAUCAAGAAAGUAUGCUGCAACAGGACUUCCAGAAGCUGCCCUAUGAGCAGCAGCAAGCCCUCUUGGCAGCGCGAGCCGAGCAACACAGGCGUGAUACGGAGCGCAAGCAGCAAUUCUACAAGGCGAAGCGCGAAUCGAUGACGCUACUGGAUGCCAAUGGCAAGCGUGUACACAACUUCGACAGUCCCCGUCAUGCUCCCUACGAUCUGGACAGGCAGUUCGGCAGCCGCCCAGUCUCUUCCGAAUCGUAUAAUGACGAGAGGAAAGCCGAUGGUUUCCAGCCCAUGCGGAGACCUCCUCCUGUGCCCGAGCCGACCUCGACAUUGGUCAAAGCCAACAGUCUCACGAAGAAGCAAGGCCCAACUACUCGCACGAGCUGGAACAAUCGCAAGGAGGAGCCGUGGAAGAGAAUCUCCAGCGGUUCUUUACCAGAAGAAGAGGGUAAGCGACCAUCCAGCAGAGGCAUUGGCGCUGCAUUGGCUGGAGCUGGGAAAGCCGCCGGCGCCAUUGCCGCUCCCAACAGUGCUCCCGCAGGUGGUCCGCCAUUGGUUCCUUCGGCCCUACAGAAGUCGACUACUGCACCUGAUCUUCUGGCAGGAGAUGAAAGCCAUCAACGAGCUUUGGCUGGCAUCAACUUCAACCGCUCUGCGUCCGGAGGCCGAUCUAGCCCUGGCAAUGGCACACCACGAAGUCCAUUCACCACACGAUCGAAGGGAGGCCAGAUGUUCAAUGUCCCAGCUUACAAUGAAGACGAUGAAGAGGACGACGAAGACACUCUUAAGGCCAGUCAAAGACCUCAACUAUCCAUACGCCUUCCUUCCAACCCGAUGUUGGCCAAGCUUCAAGCUCAGGGCCGGUCUCACAGUCCAGACCUCAGUCCUAGCUCAUCACACCCGCCUCCAUCGUCCUCAUUGAACAGGAUGAUGAGCAAGCGUGGACCACAAUUCGAUGUACCUGAGCAUGAACCUGACUUUGCGCCAUCGCCGAACAUUGGCGCAUUCGAUUCGGAAGAUGAUGACUCUGACGAUGGACUGUUUGCGAUACCAUUGGCAAAACAAAAGGAGGAGAAGAAGGUGCCAGAGACGCCUUCUCAAAGAAAGGCGAAGAAGAUCCUCGGUGUGACCGGUACAGAAUCUCCACGACGUUCGCCAAACAGACCAGAACUCAAGAUCUCGACGACACGGCCCAACGUCAACGUCAAAUUUGAAUCUCCAAAGAAUCCGCCCCUCGAUAAGCUGACUGGCGGUGGUCUCACCGACAUGGAACUCAUGGGUGCUAGUGCUCCCUUUGACCCCCAGUCAGCUUCAUCUCCCGGAAUGACUGACUCUCCCGAUUGGCCUGCGCCGUUCGGGGUCAAUCGUCGAGACAGCUUCGCGGGAGAGUUCCGUCCACCUGUUGAAGACAUCGCUGAGAGGCUGGACAAUUUCUUCCCGAACGUUGAUCUAGAUCAGCCGAUGGGCGAGGGUGAAGAAGGUGCUGAGAACAGCCCACUUACAAGUGAUAAGUCGACCGAUAAGUCGACCUUGAAAUCGCAACCCUCGUCUUCGGAGUUGAGCGUCAACAUCAGCCGCACGACUACGCCAGCAUCGAGUGUCGAGAACAUGAGCAUCCUUGAUAGUGAAGGGUCCACGCUCAAGGCCGGGACUGUGGCCGAGCGUAGUAUGCGCAAGUCUGGUGGCUUGGGUAGAACGAAGAGCAUUCGUGAUGUGGUCAAGAACAACUACUCGCACCUGGGCGGACCAUCACACCAUCCGUCCCUAUCUUCUUCGACCUUCUCGAGCCGUGUUCCUAGCACCGUCGGCAUGCCAGCACCGGGACUACCGGUGCACACUCCUCUACCGAAUAAUAGGAUAAGCACCUUGAAGAAUGACAAUGCUGGUAUUGUGCGUCGCAAGAGCACAAAGAUGUUCGGCGCCAAGAUCGAGCAGGUCAAGCCGCAACGUGGCAGUCGUCUCAUCACCAACCUUGAUACCAUUCCACAAGACACCAUCCCGAUCGGCAACGUGCAGCACAUUAAGCCCGAGCGCCAACCAACAUUCAAAUGGAUGCGAGGUCAACUCAUCGGCAAAGGUACCUUCGGGCGUGUCUACCUCGGUAUGAACACAACAACAGGUGAACUUUUGGCAGUCAAACAGGUCGAAGUCAAUCCCAAAGCAGCCAACACCGACCCAGCCAAAAUUCGCGAAAUGGUCAAAGCUCUCGACCUCGAAAUCGACACCAUGCAACAUCUUGACCACGUCAACAUCGUCCAAUACCUCGGUUGCGAACGCAAAGAAUACAGCAUCUCCAUCUUCCUCGAGUACAUCUCCGGUGGCAGCGUCGGCUCCUGUCUUCGCAAACACGGCCGCUUCGAAGAACCCGUUGUCAGCUCCCUCACUCGACAGACCCUCUGUGGUCUAGCAUACCUCCACAGCGAAGGCAUCCUCCAUCGUGACCUGAAAGCCGACAACAUCCUCCUGGACCUCGACGGAACUUGCAAGAUCUCAGACUUUGGAAUCUCAAAACGAAGCGCGAACCCUUACAACAAUGAUAUCACGAACAGCAUGCAAGGUUCCGUCUUCUGGAUGGCUCCUGAAGUGAUUCGCGCUCAAUCACAGACCUUGACAGCCGCCUCUACAGACGGAUCCCUCGACGUUACGUCCUCUGCUGGCUACUCGGCCAAAGUCGACAUCUGGUCCCUCGGCUGUGUGGUGCUGGAAAUGUUCGCGGGUCGUCGUCCGUGGAGUAAAGAAGAAGCCAUCGGCGCUAUAUACAAACUUGGAUCUUUGAAUCAAGCACCUCCCAUUCCUGAUGAUGUGUCCACUGUCGUUGGGCCGGCGGCGCUGAGUUUCAUGUACGAUUGCUUCACGAUCGAUCCCGGCGAGAGGCCUACGGCGGAUACACUUCUGAGGGCACCGUUCUGCAUUUUCGACCCUCAUUAUAAUUUCUUGGAUACGGAGCUUUAUGCGAAGAUUCGAGGUGCGUUUUAG